AUGAGCUCCGAGAGAGAAAAGAACGAGCUCAAAUCCCAAGGCGCCGUCGAGGCGGCUCGCGACCCAAACAGCUCUGUCACCGGCGAUGAUGCUCAACGGGUCAUUCUAGACGAGAGCAAAAAGGCUGGUUCUACGGCCCUGCAUUUCGAUCCCAAUGCCUCGCCAGCAGAAAAGGCCGCGCAAGCCAGAGCGCGGCAGAACGAUACUCGUCGCCCACCCAAGGGGGUCGGAGUGGUCACGGAUCUGGACGAUGGAAAGCCCGCUCAGUCCUACUUACCUCCACCUGAAGACAUUUCCGUUGCUGCGAAGGCAGAACCCCCGGCCCAGGCUGGCGCGGCAAAUGGAGUUCCACCAGAAGAAGAACAAGAAUGGAACAAGGUCGGGUGGGCUCCGCGCUUCGGAUCUGGUGGGACGGACGAAGAGGAAGGUAACCUAUUAGACCAUCAAACGGCCCUUGAGGGGAGGUUGGAUGAGAAGUUCUUCGGUGAUUGGUAUCACAACACGGCCGUGAUCGUCUUUGCCUGUAUAGCAUCAUGGCUCGUUGCUACCCUCGGCGGUGGUCUAGCAUGGGUCUUGAUCAUCAUGGCCACCUGCGGCACAUACUACAGGACCUCCAUUAGACGGGUGAGACGAAACUUCAGAGACGAUAUCACACGGGAACUGGCCAAAGCACGUCUGGAGACCGACACCGAAAGCCUCGAAUGGAUGAACAGCUUUUUGGUCAAGUUCUGGCCCAUCUACGCCCCGCAGCUUGCCAAAGCCGUUAUCAUGUCCGUGGACCAAGUUCUGAGCACCUCCACGCCGGCGUUUCUUGACAGCAUGAGACUUGAAACCUUUAUUCUGGGCACCAAACCACCCCGCAUUGAGCAUGUCAAGACCUAUCCAAGGGCCGAGGACGACAUUGUCCUGAUGGAUUGGAAAUUCAGCUUUACUCCCACCGACACCAUGGACAUGACUGCCCGCCAGCUCAAGACAAAGAUUAACCCUAAAGUCGUCCUGGAAAUCCGGAUCGGCAAAGGUGUUGUCAGUAAGGCAAUGAAGGUCAUUGUCGAAGACUUCGAGUUCUCGGGCUUGAUGCGGGUCAAGAUGAAACUGCAAAUUCCCUACCCGCAUAUCGAGCGCGUGGACAUUUGUUUCCUCGGUCGACCUACAAUUGACUAUGUCUGCAAGCCUCUAGGUGGAGAAACUUUUGGCUUCGACAUCAAUUUUAUCCCUGGACUGGAGAACUUUAUUAAAGAACAGAUCCACGGCAAUCUUGCUCCGAUCAUGUACGAGCCCAAUGUCUUCCCCAUCGAGGUGGCCAAACUGCUAUCAGGCAACCCCAUCGAUCUAGCCAUUGGCGUUGUUGCCGUUACGAUCCACAAUGCCAAUGGAUUGAAGAACCCCGAUAAAUUCUCCGGUACACCAGAUCCCUAUGUUAUUGUCUCGCUGAACAGCGCCAAAGAGUUGGCACGUACCAAAACAAUUCACGAAGACAACAGCCCUCGCUGGAACGAGACCUUGUACAUCAUCAUUACGAAUCUAACGGAUUCCCUUACGUUGCAGCUCUACGAUUACAACGAUGUGCGCAAGGACAAGCACCUUGGGACCGCUACCUUCGCACUGGAUAGAUUGGAGGGCGCCGCUGAGCAUGAAAAUUUGACGCUUGAUGUACUUGCCAAUGGGAAGCACCGUGGAGUGGUCAACUGCGAUGUUCGGUUCUUUCCUGUCUUGGAACCGGAGAAGCUCUCUACGGGUGAGAUCUUACCACCCCCGGAGUCAAACACGGGCAUCGCAAGAAUCACCAUCGAACAAGCCAAAGAUCUGGACGGAAGCAGAAGUCUGGUCGGCGCUUUGGACCCGUAUGCGGUGCUUCUUCUCAAUGGCAAGGAGAUCCAUAUCACCAACAAGCUCAAGCACACCAACAACCCUGUAUUCUCGGACAACACCAAGUCAGUCCUCAUCACGGAUCGUAAGAAAGCGAGGAUCGGGUUGGCCAUCAAAGACAAUCGCGACCUUGCCACCGAUCCUAUCUUAGGCACCUUUCAAAUCAAGUUGGACGAUAUGCUUAAACUUGUGGAUAAAGGUCAGGAGUGGUUCAAUCUACACGGGACGACGACAGGGAAGGCUAAGUUGAUGCUGGACUGGAAACCGGUGGCGCUGAAGGGUGUCACAGGAUCUGGCGGCUACAUCACCCCCGUCGGUGUGUUGCGCAUUCACGUCCACAGUGCAAAGAGCCUGCGAAAUUACGAGACAAUGGGCAAAUCGGACCCUUAUGCCAGAGUUCUGCUGUCAAGCAUCCCCAAGGGCCGGACGGUAACAUUCCAGAACGACCUCAAUCCCACUUGGGAUGAAGUCAUAUAUGUGCCGGUGCAUACCCCUUCUGAGCGACUGAUCCUCGAGGUGAUGGACGAAGAAAAGCUCGGCAAAGAUCGAUCUCUGGGCCUGGUCCAGAUUCCCGCUUCAGACUACAUGAAAGAAGCCGAAGAAGGUGGGUAUGAAGUUCAUGACACCAAGACCAUGCUGUCUGAAGGAUUGCGAAUGGGAGGUGCCGGUGAAGCGAAGGGCACAAUCAACUAUAGCGUUUCAUUUUUCCCAACUCUCAACGUGAUGGAUCCAGAAGAGGAAGAGGAAGAGCGGAAAGCCCAAGCAGCACUCGAAACGCAUGAAACUCCAGCAGGAACGCCAUCGCACAGCAAGAAAUCAUCUGUUGAGGUCAAGACUUCAGCAGAGAUGACAAGACCAAGUGUGGAUGGGCGGAAGAGUCUGGAAAAGGCGGGCCGACUUGGUGCUCUGGCAAAUGGGGCUGCAUCUAUCAGCGGCUCUGUCACUUCCGCCGUAAAACAGUCGCCCAAGAUCAAGAUCACGCCGGAGGAUCUCCCCAAAUACGAAUCCGGUCUCAUUGUCUUCAGCAUUAUCGAAGGCCACUUUGCGCAAACAGACAUAAAGCUUGAGGUAGUGAUGGACGAUCAUGCCUUUCCAGCUUACACGUCCUCCAGGAUUCGAGAUAGGGAUCACCAAUUCGGCGAGACUGGUGAUGCCAUGGUUCGUGAGAUUGAAAUGUCUCGAAUCACACUCCGGUUGGCCGAAAAGGUUGACCGGACGGGCAAGGGAGACGACAAUGACAUCGUUGCUAAGCUGACUGGCUCUACUCUUCACACACUACAGCAGUGCUUGUACAAGCCCACAGAACUCACAAUGAGGAGCAAUAACGGAGCUAUCAACAAAGUGGUGGUCAGUCUCAAAUAUCUACCCGUGAAGAUGCAGCUUGAUCCCAGCGAGAGCAUCAACAACAUGGGCACUCUCCGCGUCGACGUGAUGGAUGCGGCCGAUCUUCCGUCUGCAGAUCGCAAUGGCUACAGUGAUCCAUACUGCAAAUUCAGGUUGAAUGGCAAAGAAGUGUACAAGACCAAGAUCCAGAAGAAGACACUCCAUCCUGCCUGGAACGAAUUUUUCGAGGUGCAGAUUCCGUCCCGCACGGCAGCUGACUUCAAGGUCGACGUUAUGGAUUGGGAUUUUGGCGACAAAGCCGACCAUCUGGGCUCUGCAAUACUGAACCUGCAAGUUCUGGAGCCGUUCCAGCCACAAGAGGUCAAAUACACCUUGGACGGAAAGUCGGGGGUUCUUCGACUUAGGAUGUUGUUCAAGCCCGACUACAUCACUCGAGCGCGGCAGGGGACAUCAACCUUUUCAGGAACCUUCGCGCCGGCUGGAAAGGUGAUUGGUGCACCCGUAAAAGGUGUCGGAAAGGUGGGUGGCGGUGUGGUCAAGGGAGCUUCAUUCAUCAAACACGGCUUGACCAGAGGGCGAGGCAGUAAGGAAGACGCAUCACCAACCACCAACGGAACGUUGGAGACUGCAGAUGCCGCCAUGGCGCCAGUCGCAACCCCAGCCAAAGCCCCUCCCAUGGUUGACGGAAGCGCGACUCCGGUUACCCCAGUCACACCCUCGCCCAUGAUGCACUCCCGCACUAAGAGCAACCACUCCACCAUAACAGCUCCUAAAGGUAGUGAGACGGGAACAGCAAGUUUCAUUGUUGUCUCUGCCACCGGAUACCCUCCAAAAGCCGACGUUCAGGUUCUCAUUAAGAUGGUCGGAUCCAAAGGAGCCAAAGAAGUGCACAAGACCAAGGCAAUCAAAUCCACGUCGGGCACAGUGGAGUUCGAUGCGAACCACGAAAACUUCAAGGUGUCGUGCUCGGCAGACACGCAGUUCCAGUUGCAAGUCAGAGAUCACGACAUGCUCCGAUCCAAAGACCUCGGCGAGGGCAUGUUCUUUGUAUCUGAUCAGGGCGGGGGAUCCGAUCAAGUUGUCAAGGCUGGAUCGGGAUCGGUCACCAUCCGCAGCAGCUUCGCCGCCAGCAACGGGGUUGCCUCAGAUAGUCUCAGACCAGUCACCAGCGGACGGGACAGCCCGGACUCGAAGCGCGAGGGACGACGAAGUUUCUUUGCGAGGAGGGAUGUUAGCGGCAAACACGAGGGAUCUUGA